AUGCCGAUCGGCUUGUACGUAGACAAGGAUGUUAAGAGGCUAAAGUCAACAUACGAUUCAUGGAUGGAAUUGAUGUAUUCGGCCGAAGAAAGUAUCGAGAUCGGGGCCAUGUAUUGGUCGUUAUUGGCCAGGAAUACUGAUUCUAGAAAGGAGUUUCCGUGGGAUCCGAGUUGUCAGGAGGUAGGUUAGUGAAUACGACGUUGAGAUAAGGUACUACAGCUAGACAUGAGAAACGGGCCGGGCCGGGCCCAAUUCUCAAGCCCGGCCCGGCCCGUUUUAAAAAAUUUUAAAAACUUAAAAACUAAACGGAAAAUUGGCUUUAAAUUGUUUUUUUAGAUCAUUUAUGGAUCAUAGAACCCAAUAAAAUCUAAAAAUAUAAACGGGGAUUGAAAUAAAAAAUUUUAAAAAAUUUAGAACUUUUUUUUCCAGGCCCGGCCCGACUUUCCAAGGCCCGGCCCGAUCUAAAUUUUGCUCAAGGCCGGCCCGGCCCGUUUCUCAUGUCUAACUACAGCUACUAAAGUCUAAAUUUUCAAACCAUAUUUACUACUUUCCAACUUAUUACACUGUCUAUGUUAAAUUAUAGGGCACAAACGUGUAUAACAAGUUGAAAGAAGUUGCCAAGUCUGGCGUAAAAAUUCGUAUAGCACAAGACGGUACCAGAAACACUUAUCCAGAAUCAGAUGAACUUGUUAGGGAAGGGCUGGCGGAAGUACGAUCGUUAAACUUUACUAUCCUCGAGAAUUAUGGUAUCUUACACAGCAAGUUUUGGAUAGUAGAUGGAAAACAUUUGUACAUUGGAUCUGCUAAUCAUGAUUGGAGGUCAUUGACUCAGGUAGGUGUUUUAUGUUAAAAAAUGAAGAAGUGUUUGAAAAAUAUUGUAAAGCCAUGUUUUUAGGUAAAAGAAAUGGGUGUUUUGGUCAAAAACUGCCCUUGUUUGGCUAGUGACUUGGGUAAUAUCUUCGAAACAUAUUGGAAAGUUGGAAUUCCAAAUGCCAAAGUACCAGAGGUUUGGUCGUCUGAAUACACUUCAAAAUAUAACAGCGAGAAUCCUAUCAGUACUAAGAUUUCUGAUGACAAUUCGCUUGUUUAUCUUACGGUAAGUUUUUGUUCAUCUAGGUAUCUUACUGUAGCUUUUUAGUAUUGUUUUUGAACGAUUUUUAAUCUUUAAGGAUUUGAGUUAGAGUAAGCUCAAGUUUAUGAAAUUAUUUUAUGAUUUUAUGUAUCACAAUAUCAUGCUAUUAUCUGAGAAAAAUUUUGUAAAACUCAAUAUUUUCAGACUUCUCCUCCUAGUUUUGCCCCAGCUGGUCGAGAACACGAUGGUCUAACGAUAAUUAACAACAUCAAUAAUGCCAAAAAGUACAUUUACAUCUCUGUUAUGGACUAUUCACCAUCUACAUUCUACCGAAACAACGAAAAUGUGUAAGUUUUGUUAUGGCCAAGGCCGAAAAAUGUUAUUUUCGAAAUAUCAGCUUUAUUUUGAUCUACUCUAGCUUUAUCUACGUCUUGCUAUAGCUCUAACUUACUCUACUUAGUCUUGAUAUAUCCGUACACUAGAGCUACCUUAACUUGAUUAUGUGUUAUUCUUACUCUACAUACAAACAUGUCUUGUAUGUUUUUAUCAAGUCUUGUCUUAGCACUUCCUUACUUUAACUUUGCUGUGGCUUUAACUGCUCUUAUUUUAGCUUUACUUUACCCUUACUAUAAUUUUAUAUUUUGUUUUCUAUUUUAAUGUUAUACUCUAUUUUAAUUUUUAGCUAUUGGCCAGACAUUGAUGACGCUCUACGUAGCGCUGCUUACGGUCGUCGUGUUCAUGUUCGUCUACUGGUCAGUAAAUGGCAAUCUACAAGAAAGGAAGUGUUACUUCAUUUGAAGUCACUUCAAGAUAUAAACAGUAUUCUGCCAUGUGUAUACGAUCGUGUUCAAAAGAAGUGUGUUCAGGAAAAGGGAUCGGUUGAAGUGAAGAUAUUCGAAGUGCCAAAGUAUAAUGUUACUAUACCAUAUGGUAGAGUUAACCAUGCUAAGUACAUGGUUAGUGAUUAUACUGCUACUAUGUGUAAGUUUGUUGUUAUACAUUUAGUUAUUUACUUUAAUAGCAGGUGGUCGAAAAAGUUUUGUCGUUUUUUACUUGGUUAAACAAUGUGUUUUGGCGACAAGACUUUCAUUUGGCACUUAAACAAACCUUACUGAUACACUGGUUACUGUAGUUUUUAAAAAAAUUCAAAAUUUUUACAAUGCGUAUCUAAUGUCAUUCUUUCAGGCACAUCCAACUGGUCGGCCGACUACUUCUUGAACUCAGCUGGAGUGUCAUUUGUUGUUCAAGAUGAAGAUGCUGCUAAAGAAGCGACAUUGGUCAAAGAUCUGCGAGAGAUAUUCGAAAGAGAUUGGAAUUCUGAGUACGCUACGGAGUUGGAUAAAGUUUUGUCAUAA